UUGAAAUAAAUAAUAAUCAGGAGUGUAUGAUGGAUUUACUAAGAUCAAUUAGAAAUGAUCAAAAUUCUUUAGUCAAUCGUUUAGAUUUGUUGGAUGGUCGUAUUCAUAAUCUAGAAGAUUCUAGUAAUGAUCAGUAUUGUGAUUACUACAAUGAGAAUUAUGAAGGUGAUGAAAUGCAAGAUAGUUCUGAACAAUACACUCAAUAUAGUAACCUGGACAUGAGCUAUCAUAGUCCAUUGGACAGCUGUUACACAGAAAAAACUGUAAAUAAAUCUAGUGAGACUAGUGAUAAAGCAUCGGAGUCUGUUUCGACAAAUAACUCGGCCACUGCCAGUAGAUUUGAUAAACUUGCUUCUAAGUUUGUUUCGGAGGAGGUUGUGAGUGACGAUGUAGAUAACGCUCUGGCUGGAAAUGUGAAUAAUUUGUUCAGGAAUGGUUUGGGUGAUAUUGUCUAUGAGAAUAUGACUAAAGAUGAUGUUUGUGCUCGGCCAAAAAAUUGUGAAGGAUUAGUUGUUGUCAAAUUAAAUAAGCUGAUUUGGGACGUGGUCCCUCCAAGAUCUCGGAAUAAUGACAAGAAAUUACAAAAUAUUGAGAAGUCUAUUGUCAAGGCCGGAGUAAAUUUGACAAAAUCGAUGAAUGAGCUGGCACAUUUGGAAUCUGAAAAAGAUCAGAGUUUUGGUACCAUACUUGACACAUGUAAUGAUGCUUUAGCGUUGCUUGGUCAAGCUAAUGUUCAGUUAUACCAUGCAAGAAGAGAUUUUUUGCGUCCUGAACUGAAAGCAGAUUAUGCGAACUUAUGUAACCAUUCUUAUCCAUUUACGUCGGAAAUAUUUGGUGACGAUGUAUCUAAAGCUGCAAAAGAUAUUGAGGAUUGUAACAAGAUGGGAAAUCGCAUGCAGUAUGGUCCUUCUUUUCGUGCUAGAGGACGUGUCAUGUUUAGACGUCGAUUUGGAUUUAGGGGGCCCCGCAGGGGUCCUUAUCCUCGCAUUGGGCAGAUUCAAGAGUCUUUUGAAAAAGGAGCUCCAAAAAACUGGAACAGAGGCCGCCAGCGCGGUUAUCCAAGAACUUAGAUAUAUCACAUUUUAUUAAACCGUUGCAUUCGCAAAAUCCUGACAGACCAGGCACAAGCUAUAAUUAUUGUACCACUAUGGAAGACACAAGUCUGGUUUCCAGCACUGCUGAGAAUUUUGGUGGACAAUCCACGAUUGCUUCCAAGAAGCGAGACACUCCUUCAAUUGAAACAGCUCAACAAAGUGCACCCUAUGGGGAAAAGGUUAAAACUUUUGGCAUGUCGAGUCUCGGGAAAUCAUUUAGAAACCAAGGUUUUUCAAAAAAGGCUACCGCAAUAUUUCUUGCAUCGUGGAGAGUGUCGACCAAGCAGCAGUACAAAGUAUAUAUCAACAGGUGGCUUCAGUUCUGUAAUAAAUGGAAAAUUAGUGAGAUUCAACCGUCUAUAAAUAGUGUUAUUGAAUUUUUAACAGAAUUAUUUGAAAAAGGUUUGAGUUAUAGUUCUAUAAACUCUGCUCGUUCAGCAUUAUCAUCUCUAGGAGUAAAAUGGGAA